AUAUAAAAAUUUAAAUAUAAAUGGAGAAAUAUAUUCUGAUUUAUAAGUAUUUACAUAUGAAUAUAUACUAAAUGAAACUGGAAAUUCUUCCCUAAUCUAUGUUCUCUUUGAUAAUUAUAAUCUACAAACAAUAUGACAAGAGAACACUUUAAUAUAAUGAUACUACUCUACUGACAAAUGUAUAAAAAUAAAAAAAAAUCUAUAUAUUAAUAGCUCAAAGAAAAUAGUUAUUAGGUAAAUAAAAAUGAGCAUACCGUAUGAUGAAAACUUGGUAUGGAUAGUAGUGGUUGGAUUCUUAGUGGCCUUUAUUUUGGCAUUUGGAAUCGGGGCAAAUGAUGUCGCAAAUAGUUUUGGAACAAGUGUUGGUGCAGGAGUACUUACGAUAUUUCAAGCUUGUAUUUUAGCAACUAUCUUUGAAAUUGCUGGGGCUGUACUCAUUGGCUAUAAGGUUUCUGAUACUAUGAGAAAAGGCAUAUUGGAUGUGACAUUAUAUGAAGGCCAAGAAAAAGAAUUAAUGGUAGGAGCAUUAUCUAGUUUAGCUGGAUCUGGUAUCUGGUUAAUACUAGCAACAGCUUUGCGAUUACCUAUUUCUGGAACACAUUCCAUUGUUGGUGCUACAGUUGGUUUUUCACUUGUCUGUAAAGGUACUGCAGGGGUCAAAUGGAUAGCUCUUGCAAAUAUAGCAGCUUCUUGGUUUGCAAGUCCUGUACUCAGUGGAAUUGUAUCAGGUGCUAUAUUUUGGGUUCUAAGAAAAUCAGUAUUUGAAUCUAAUAAACCUUUAGAACAAGGUCUUUAUAUUCUCCCAUUAGCAUAUGGACUCACUGUUGCUAUUAAUAUUAUGUCAGUAGUACAUGAUGGACCUAAACUUUUAAUGUUAGAUCAAGUGCCAUGGUGGGGUAGUUUACUUGCUGCAUUAGGUUUUGGUUCAUUUUCAGCUAUCAUUGUUUAUUUAUUUGUUGUACCAUGGCAAAGAAAAACAAUAUUACUUUCAUUAAGUAGCAACGAAAAAACAACAACAACUAAAUUUGGUACCUGUGAUAAAAAAGAAACAACAGCAUUAUCUGUUAUUUCUGAAGCCCCAUGUAGUAGUAAUAGUAAUGGUAAUGCAAAAGAAGUAGCGCCAAAAUUACGAGGCAAUAGCAGUGCAAGUCCUCUCUUAAUGGUAGCAGGAUCAGAUACUGAGGGUGCUCAAAUUGAAACUGAAAAGAAAAACGAAGAACCACCAGAAAUAUCUAAACUUUUUGCAUUUUUGCAAGUAUUAACUGCAGCAUUUGGCAGUUUUGCUCAUGGUGGUAAUGAUGUCAGCAAUGCAAUUGGUCCACUUAUUGCACUUUGGGCUGUAUAUGCAGAAGGAUCAGCGAGACAAGAAGCAGAAACUCCAUUGCUUAUAUUACUUUAUGGUGGUUUAGGCAUAUCAACUGGUCUUUGGGUGUGGGGACGCAGGGUGAUACAAACUUUAGGACAAGAUUUAGCACGUAUUACACCAACUACUGGAUUUACUAUAGAGUUAGGAGCAGCAGUAACAGUUUUGUUGGCAAGUAAGGCUGGUUUACCUGUGUCAACAACUCAUUGCAAAGUGGGAUCUGUUGUCUGUGUAGGAUGGGCUUCACAUGGUGGUGAGGGAGUUUCAUGGAAAUUAUUUCGUAAUAUUGCAUUUGCAUGGUUAAUUACUGUACCAGUGGCUGGCUGCUUGUCUGCAGGAUGUAUGGCUAUUUUUAAGGAAAUAAUUAGUUUGUGACUCUUCAUUAUCAGAACAACUAAUCCAUUUUAGUGAAAACCAUCCAAUGCUACUGUUGUCAAUAAUUUAUGCAAAAAUAAACGAUCAAAUAUAAUUUGA